CUGCUUCAUUUGAAUUCUCGCCUCUCUCUCUUCGCAGAUAACAAGCCCGCGCCAUGCAGUCCUUUCGAGAAAGGUGUGGUUUCCAUGGCAACCAGCAGAGCUACCAGCCGACUUCACAAGAUACAUCACGCCUGGAGAAUUACAGGCAUCAAAGUCAGGCAGGGCCGAACUGCGAGCGGCAGAGGCUGGUGGCGAAGGAGUACUACAGUCAGCAGCAACUGCCAUACGCGGGCUACGAGAACAGCGCCGCGGAGAAAUACCACCGGGGAAACAAGCAAUUAGCAGGGCAGCAGCUGCAAGGCAGGCCGGCCUUUUCCAAUUACGCUGUGCAGGAGAACAGCCCCUACCCGGCGCGCUAUUCGGGGGAUGAGAGCCUGCAGGCGUGGGGCGGGCAGCCACCAGCGCUGCCCAAGUAUGAGGACAGCCUGAUGAAGAAGACGUCGCCGGCAGCAGGAGGGCGGCCGUACCACGAGCCGGCAGCGGCUCCACUGCCCUUCCGGACUCACUUCCCACAGCAGCAGCCGCAGCAGCCACCCGCGCUGCCCUACCCCAAGCUGCAGCGGCAGAAGCUGCCCAACGACGUCUCUUCGCCCAUGCCCUUCUCACAGAGCCCCCAUUUUGGGCAGCACUCACAGUCCUUCCCCGCCUCCUCCACCUACUCCUCCGUGCCAGGGGGCAGCCAGCCGGCACACUCCUACAAGAGCUGCACGGCACCUUCAGGGCAGCCGCCGCUGGAGCGGCCCCUGGGUAGUGCCGCAGCUCGCCCUGGCCCCCGUGUGCCCAACCUGCAUGGCUACCAGCCCAACCGCAUCGGCUAUGAACCCCCGCAGCCACCUCCACAGCCCCCGCCACCGCCGCAGCCCCCGCAGCCCCCGCAGCCUCCUCAGCCCCAACCUCAGCCCUUGCAGGGGAGGCAUCAUGCCCCAGAGAGCCUCCACUACCAAAACUUGGCCAAGUAUCAGCAUUACAACCAAGCGGGGCAGACCUACUGCCAGAGUGACGCACCGCCUGUCCGCACGCCGGAGCAGUACUACCAAACCUUCAGCCCCAGCGCCAGCCACUCUCCGGCACGCUCCGUCGGUCGCUCCCCAUCCUACAGCUCUACGCCGUCCCCGCUGAUGCCCAACCUGGAGAACUUUCAGUACAGCCAGCAGCCGCUCAAUGCCGGUGCCUUCCCAGCCGGCAUCACUGACCACAGCCAUUUCAUGCCGCUGCUCAACCCCUCUCCCACUGACGGGACGAGCCCGGAUGCUCAAUCUGGGAAUUGCAAGAAUUUGCCGAAGGAGAAACUGUCUGAAAACCUUCUGUCAGACCUGAGCCUGCAGAGCCUGACGGCACUCACCUCCCAGGUGGAGAACAUCUCCAACACCGUCCAGCAGCUGCUGCUUUCCAAAUCAUCCGUGCCCCAGAAAAAGGGCAUCAAAACCCCAGCGAGGACCCCUGAGCAGCUCAAAGGGCAGCACUGCAGCCCAGAGAGCAGCACGUACUCCGCAGAGCAGGUUGGGACCCCGCUGUCGGACCCACUCAGCACCCCGCAGUCCGUCCAUGCUGAGACACAGGACGCUGACUAUCUGAGCGGCUCGGAGGACCAGCUGGAGAGGAGCUUCCUAUACUGCAACCAGAACCGCAGCCCUGCUCGUGUCAACAGCAACUCCAAGGCAAAGCCCGAGUCAGUGUCCACGUGCUCUGUCACCUCCCCGGAUGAUAUGUCCACCAAAUCGGAUGACUCCUUCCAAAGCAUCCAUGCCACCCUGCCCCUGGAGACUUUCACCAAGUAUGUGACCAACGAGAGGGACUGUCCCCGGCUGCUGCUCAGUGCGCUGUCCCAGGAGGAGCUGGCCUCCGAGAUCAUCGUCCUGCAGGACGCCAUCAAUGAGAAGGAGGACAAAGCCUGGCCCAACUCACCCAUGUUGAGCAAGGAGGCCACGAAAUCCCCCUUCCAACUGGAGAACCACCGGCCAUGCCUGGACUCCAUGGUGAAAGGCUCAUGGCCCAGCCAGGGUGACUCCAGCACCCUCACUGAGCCCCUCAAGCUGGACAAGGCUUCGGGGGGCAGCACGGGGAAGGACUUUGGGGACGAGGUGUACGAGGGUCCCCAGGUGGAGUUUGCAGCCACCGAGACCAAGGACACACUUAAGGAUGCGGACCCAUUGGCUUUCAACUCCAAGCCCAGCAUCCCAGCUGCUACUUCUAGUGCAGGGGCCUCUGGCUUCAGCUGCUAUUCGAACACCACAGCCAACUCGGUGGACUCUGAAAAUGCCAUGGAGCACUUUGAGUGGCCAGAGGAGAACCUGGGCGAGGCGUGCCUCAGGUGGAAGGAGCUGGGCUCGGGCCUGCAAGCCUCUGACCUCCCCAAAGGCCUCUUCCCCAGCAAACUGGGAGGGUCCUCCAAGGAAAAAAAUGCUUGUAGCUUGGACCUGUGCGAUGGCGAGCAGCCAGCCAAGAGUGAGACGACCCGGGACUUUGGCCAGCAGGCAAUGGAGGAGGAAGAGGAGGAGACGCUGACCUACGAUGAGGCCACAAAGGUGGACAGUGAGAGGUGGCUGCAGGACACGCGGCACUGCUGCACAGCCGGGGACUUCAGUGAGAUCCCUAUGAUCUCAUCACCAGAGCUGAAGGAGUCAGACCUGGAGGUGGAGGAGUACUCCUCACUCUGCGAGCUGGCGGGCACGGAGCAGAAGUCAGUGCCCUACGCCGCCUCACCUCCCAAGCCCCCAGAGAUACCCGCCGUGCUGUCUGCCAGCGAGGUGCCCAUGUCUGCCGAGGAAACUGUCAGCACGGUAGAGAAGGAGAGUUCUGUGCCCUCGGCGCGUCUCUCUGGUCAAUCCAUCAUCCUGCUGGGCCCAGCAGUGGGCACGGAGACCAAGGUGAAGAGCUGGUUCAAAUCCUCCCUGCCCCACAUCCAGCCUGAGGAGGAGAGUGGGGGAGUAGAGAAGUCCCACCCGGAAGCAGUGGACUCUGAACCUGUUUUGUCACUUGGGGUGAAGAAGCAACCAGCACCUGAAAAUGCAUUGGUGAAAACUGAGCCUGUCUCACGGGGCAAGAACCUCCGCAACAAGAGGAUCCACUGCCGGCUGCCGGAGGAGGACAGUGCUGGCAAUGCAGUGCCGAGCCCUUUCAGUGAGCUGCCAGCACUGUGCGUGGGGCCGGACGGACAAGGGGAGAUGCUGAGCAAGAAUGUGCACAGCCAGACGCCCAGGUUCACAGCGGAGGGCUUGCCGGCACGCAUGUGCACCCGUUCCUUCACCGCCCUCGCUGAACCCCGUGCCCCAGCCCCACUGGAGGGGCUGAAGGCACCGAUGCACCAGGAGAAGAUGGGCAAGAAGCCAGCAUGUGGUGUGAAGCAGCGGGUGUCUUUCAAAGCCAGGAAGCGCAGCGGUCGGCCAGCCCCUAAAGUCAUCCAGAGCGCUGGUGGUGAUGCCACCAUCACGGUGUCCAGCUUGGUGCCAGCUGAAGAGAUGGUGGGGCCGGGGCCGACGGAUGGGGAUGUGACAGAUGGUGGGGAGAGGGACCAGCGCUCGAUGAUCCUGCGCUCCCGGACGAAGACACAGGAGGUUUUCUACACCAAGAGGCGGCGGGGCAAGCGGGCGGCUGAUGUUCGACUGAAGAACUGUAAAGCACCCAAGAAGCUCAUCUCCAACAACCACCUCCCACCCGCCUUCAAGUUGACCCCUCCGGGCAGCCCCCACAAGGAGGGCAAGGUGGGCACCAGGAUGAAGCUGCCCAAGGCGGGGCCAGGGGUGGGCGGCAAGAUGUCAGAGCGGCCCUUGCACUCGCUGAAGAGAAAGUCCACCUUCAUCUCCCCCAUCCCCGCCAAGAAGAGGAACCUCGUCCUGCGCAGCAACAGCGGUGGCAUGAAGGAGGAGAAGCCGGAGGGUCCCCACAGCCUCUUCAAGAAGAUGCCCGUGGCCAAGAAGGUGAAAGCAAAGCUGCCUCCCAAGAGCCCCGGCGAAGCCGUCCCCAAACCCCCCCCGGUGAAGGAGGCCCCCGACGUCUGUAUCAAAAUCACCUCGCGGGCGGCCUUCCAGGAGGCCACCAAGACCAAAGUGCUGCCUCCUCGCAAGGGCCGCGGCCUCAAGCUGGAGGCCAUUGUGCAGAAGAUCACCUCGCCCAACCUGAAGAAGUUCACCUGCAAAACGGCGGCAGCGGCCACGGUGGCAGCCACCUACGGCACCUCGCUGAGCGUGGCGGGGACGGAGCGCGAGCGGGCGGUGAAGCAUGGCGCUGUGGCCCCGGCGAUGGGUGACGCACGGUUGCCCAAACCGGCAGCGGCACAGAAGGCACCCACCGUGCCACCGGCUGAGCAGUUCUGCCGGAACCCCCACGGCCGAGCGCUGAAGGGGAAACUGGGCAGCGGGAAGAAGCUCUCUGCCGAUGGCUUGCAGAGCGAGGGCUGCGUGCAGACUGUGGGGGCACAGCCCGGCUCGGCUGUGGCGGCCAAGAACAUGGCGCUGCUGCCAAAGAAGAGGAACCGCAAGGGCAAAGCGGCAGCGCUGGGCAUGGCCAAGGCACCCCUCGGCCCCACGCUGCCGUGUUGGCACCUUUGGGCUCAGUUCUUUGAUUUUGGACCUCAGAUCCUUAUCCACAGUGCUUAG